AUGAAUUUUAUAGGAAUUUUAGUGGUGAUUAUAUCACAAUGUAGUAUAGCACUAACAGCAACAUCAAACCGCGCAGACAUGGGUUUGGGCAGAAUAGUGGGUGGCCACGAGGCCAAAGCCCACGGUUAUCCCUUUAUGGUGUCUCUUCAGCUUCGAUUCCUUUGGGUGCGAGCGCAUUUCUGUGGUGGAACUCUGAUCAGUGACAGCUGGAUUCUUACUGCUGGUCACUGCAUAAAAGGAUCUUGGAUUUUAUACCUGCUCGGUAUAGAUGCCGUGGCCGGAGCCCACGAUGUGGAUUUCCCUGGUCCUACUGCUCAGAUUAUAAGAAUUGCUGAAAGGAUACCACACCCUGAAUAUAAAGGUGACAUUGGUCCACAUGACAUAGGACUAGUAAAAACAAAACACCCGUUCCAGUUCACCAAAGAAAUUCAGCCUAUCCAGUUAGCUAUGGACCCUAUAAUUUACCCUUCACUUACACUCAUCGGUUGGGGUGAAUUGAGGACCACUUGGUUCUUCCCAGCGUUACCAAGUAAACUUCAAGAGGUCAAGCAAGAAUACCUACCGCAUGAAGCAUGUUACAAAGCUGUUGAUGGUCUACUAGGAUUUGGCGAGACCAAUCCUCUGGUAGAAUAUGCAAACAUUUGCACUGGGCCCAUAACCGGUGGCAUUGCAGCAUGCAACGGAGACUCAGGAGGUCCACUCAUAGAUAUUGACUAUGUGCCUGUCAUUUUAGGAGUUGUGUCAUGGGGAGUAACGCCGUGUGGUGAAGAAGGCGCUCCUACAGUUUUUACGAAUGUUACAGACAACAUGAAGUUUAUAGUAGAUACUACAAAAAUAAAAUGA